AUGAAAGUUGCUGCAUCUUUAGAUCAAUCAGCUCCAUCUCGGGGUAAAAGGUCGCCAGGUGCUUUUCGGGAGCCCCGGCCUCGGAAAAGGGAGAAGCUGCUUACGCUGAAUAGCUCCCUAUGCAAGGUACGAAAGGUCAAAUGCAGCGGUAACCAACCGUGCAACCGGUGUGAGGAGCUCCAUAGCGAAUGCACCUACAACGAACCGUUUCAGCCUGAUAAUGAGGCUUUCGACCCACAGCCGCCCAAUCAAGACCUUGAGGUCACGGCCUUGCGAAUGAACCGGAUCUGCGACCGAAUUCAACAAUCGAUGGCCCGCUUUGGCCCCCCUUAUCCGAGCGGGUUCUGUCUACAACGGAGACACGCGAGCGACGACGUACCCCAGCCGAUUAAACCACUCACACCCACGGACUUCCGAUACAACUUGAGCCUCACGCGGGAUGCUAUAAGAGCAAGGGGCCUGCCAUCUCCUCGAGACUCCCAAGAUGACCCCUUUUCGGUUGCUAGAGACGAAUUAAACUCCCCUAACACUUUGAUUAACUUACUACAAGCCGCACGGCCCAUUCUGGAACUCGGUCACGAGAAAGUCACUCAACUUUUUACAAUAUUCAAGGACGAGGUCCACCCUCUAUAUCCUUGCAUCAGCUUAGAACUGGGGUAUGAAGCUGUCAACGGUGUCUUUUUGCUUUUGAAGGAUGCCUCACACGUGGAUAUUAUCGAUGUGGAGAUCACGAAAGCGGUUGUGGCAAUAGCCUUGCUGCUUAGAGGUGACACCCAAAACUCAUUAGCCUCUGACCUUGAAGCCCAGUUGGCGUGGAGCGUGGAUUCUUGUUUCGAUCAAGUGAAGCCCCAGGUUGAGGAUAUCAUCCUGGCAACCUUGCUGGUGAGUUAUUUCUUCCGUCUCCAGGCCGCGUUCUCUACUGACGAAAGGGGAUCCCUGGUUCCUACACAGUCAAUUUAUUUAUAUCUGAAGCAAAUACCAGUCAAAGCAUGGCGAAUGGCCGGAGUGGCUGCCAAAUUGUGUCUCGAGCUCGGUCUCCAUCGGGAGAGGUUCUUUCAAGAUCUCAAAGUGCUCCCCCAGCGGAUUACAGACUGGAAGCGUCUGUUCGCCUGUGUUUAUCGUCUGGACAAGCAAUGCAGUUUCUAUUCGGGGCUACCUUGGACACUCCACGACAGACACAUCGAUGUGUCUGCACUCAUAAUAGAACCACCAGAGUCAUAUAUAUCAACCAUGAUCUCCUUGGAUAGAAAUCUCUCUGAAAUAUGGACUCUCGUCAAUGCUCCGGCAUCUUUAUCCAAAAACAACGAGGAACAGGUUGAGUUCCUCAACUUUCAACUACAAAAGCUUAUUGACAAGAUGCCGACGGAGGACUUUAAGUCCCUGGAGCCAACGGUAGUCCCACCAUCAUGGCUACAGGCUGGACUGAAGCAGUUUUGCCGCCUUCGCGUGCACCACAUCAAGAUUCUCACGCACAUUGGCACAUCAGGCUCAAUAAGAGAUUUAAUCUCUGAUCCAAAGUCGACUAGAACACUCGUGGCUGUAGCUGCACAAUCGGUUGAUUUGCACUUGGAAAUGGUCAAUACUGGCGAGAUCAGCCCACUGGUGCUACCCACGGCCAUCAAACUACUCCUGAGCUCUCUAUCAAUUAUGCUGUUUGCCGUCUCACACUGUCCUGAGGAGUACGGAUCGUUGUAUAGCAAGCGCUUCCAAGCUGCUAUUGAUAUUCUUAGUGACGUGCAGCACACCGUCAAAGACCCAGAUCUGAACAUCUUGGGUACCUUGGAGGUAAUGGAGAAGAUUACUGAAGCGAGUCAGAUGUCACACUUCCAGCGGUCAGCGCCGUUGAACAAUCGCAAGGAAGGCACUGACGACAGCGUCUAUCAUGGAGAGGCGUCCGGUGAAGGGAACUUGUUUGAGGAGCUCCCCACACCGGACUCAGAAUUCUUCUCCAUGUUAGGAGAUUUCGAUAUGGCCGCAAGUGAUAUAUUGAAUGUUGACAAUAUAUUUGGCUAA